AUGGUAAAUGAUCCUGAUGCAUUAUCAAUGUAUCAAAAAGUAUUACAAAGUCAGCAAAGAUCAAUUCCACCUAAUCAUUCAAAUUUAGCUACUACCUAUAGCAAAAUUGGACGAGUUCAUGAAUCGAUAGGAAAGUAUACGAGUGCUUUUUCAGCUUUUAGUAAAGCACUCGAAAUUCGUCAAACUAUAUUUUCUGAUAAUCAUACUGAUCCUGCUACGGCAUACAAUAAUAUAGGUCGAAUAUAUCAUUUAAUGAAUGACUAUUCGAAUGCAUUAUCAUCAAACAAGAAAACAAUUGAAAUACGAAAAACAAUUUUACCAUUGGACUGUACAGGUUUAGCUGCUGCUUUACCGAAUGUUGGUUCAAUUUGUCAGAAGAUUGACAAUUGCAGUAUUGCACUUUCGUUCUAUCGAGAAGAACUUGAAAAUGACAGCAAAUCAUUGCAUUCUAAUCAUGAUGAUCUUAUCAGUAUCUAUAACAACAUGAGCGAGACUUAUCGAUUCAUGGAAGACUAUUCAAAUGCAUUAUCAUAUCUUGAAAAAGGUAUUCAUAUUUGCCAGUCUUAUCUCCCUCUGAAUCAUCCAUCAUUGGCUCAUGCAUACAAUAAUAUGGGUCUGGUUUAUAAUUCGAUCAGGAAUUUUGACAGUGCAAUAUUAUUCUACAAGAAAGCAAUUGAAAUACGAGAAAAAAUUCUCUUGUUCGAUCAUUCAUCGUUAGCUAUUAGUUAUAAUAAUAUAUCAUGA